AUGCAUAGCAGUGGAAGCUCUGUCCCUGUCCCAUCCAUGAGCCGACUUCAUGCUAAAGCCAAGGACAAUGUAAGCCCUGGUAUGGUUGGGACCAAAAUGGUUGAAAGGGUAAUAAAUAUGCGGAAGCUGGUUCCUCCGAAACAAGACGACAAACAUUCUCCACACAGUAACUUAUCUGCAAAGUCUUCAUCACCUGAUAGCUCAGGUUUUGGAAGAUCAUUAUCAAAGAAAUCCUUGGAUAUGGCUAUUAGACAUAUGGAUAUAAGGCAGAGAGUCCCGGGUAAUCUGCGUCCCUUGAUGACUAAUAUUCCAGCAUCCUCUAUGUACAGUGUGAGAUCAGGGCCGCCUACUAGAGGCAGGACAAGCAGGUCAAUUAACAUGCCUGACUCCCCACUAGCCACUAGCAGUAAUGCUAGUUCUGAGGUGAGCGUAAGCAACAACGUUGUGUGGGUUGAUGGAAGUGAAAUUGAUGAAGACAUUAGCAGUGAUAAAGGUGCUCGAUCACCUGCCAGUGUGCAUGGGAGGUGAUGAUUGGCUUUCAUGCUGCAUGAUGCUUUCUAUGUUUUGGAUCGGUGCCAGUUUUAG